AUGCCUCGCUUCGACGACGCCGACUUUGGCGUGGACGCCGCUCCCGCUGCUGCUGGUGCUCACUCCCCCAGAGACCGCGGCAGCAUGGCUGGCUCUCUCCCUAUCCCCCACGAUGCCAACAACACGGUCGAGAUCCCGGCCACCCGCAGCUCCAUCAGCGAUGCUGCUCAGUUCAUGCACAACCUGAGUAUCUCUCCCUCCACUCGGGACCGUCGGGGGUCUCGCAACUCCUUCGGUACCUCUCUCCCCAUCCCCCGCUCCCCCCGGGUCUCCCGCCUGUCCUCGGUCGUCACCGCGGGCGGGACCUCGCGGGAUAUCCUGGCCUCCCAGGUCCAGGAUAUGUCCAAGGAGAAGGUCGCGGCCGCCAAGAACAUGGCCUUUGCCUUUGACAUUGAUGGUGUCCUGGCCCACGGCAACGAGCCCAUCGAGGAGGCCAAGGAGGCCCUCAAGAUGCUCAACGGGGACAACGAGCUGGGCAUCAAGAUCCCCUACAUCCUCCUGACCAACGGCGGUGGUAAGACCGAGGCCGCCCGUUGCGAGCAGCUCUCCGAGAUUCUACGAGGUGCCCAUCUCGACCGACCAGUUCAUCCAGUCUCACACCCAAUGCAAGCGUUGGGGGAAACGUCGUCCACCCCAAGGACAUCCUCGCCUGGGAACCCCACCGAGUCGCCCUGGCGCUGCUUCUCCGAGGAGGACCGCGCCGAGCCCAAGCCCCGCGACUUCUCCAAGAUCAAGUUCGACGCCAUCCUCGUCUUCGCCGACUCGCGCGACUACGCCACCGACAUGCAGCUCAUCAUCGACCUGCUGCUCGCCGAGGACGGCAAGAUGCUCACCCGCGCCAAGGACCCCGUCGCCUCGCGCAUCCCCGUCUACUUCUCCCAGGGUGACCUCGUCUUCCCUACCGACCACAAGGGCCCGCCCCGUCUCACCCAGGGUGCCUUCCGCAUCUCCAUCGAGGCCCAGUACAAGGCCCUCACCGGCGUCGACCUCGAGCGUGUCGUCUACGGCAAGCCCGAGCGCGCCACCUACACCUACGCCGACGAGGUGCUGCGCGCCUGGAUGGAGCAGAUCCACAACGAGAACCGUCUGCCCCAGAACGUCUACAUGGUCGGCGACAACCCGGCCUCCGACAUCUGCGGUGGUAACAUGUACGGCUGGAACACCUGUCUCGUGCGGACCGGUGUCUUCCAGGGCGCCGACAACGACGAGAACAACCCGGCCAACUUUGGUGUCUUCCCCAACGUGCUCGAGGCCGUCAAGGCCGCCGUGCGCAAGGAGCUCGGCCAGGAGUUCAAGUUCAAGUGGAACCCCAAGGUCAACCCUGUGCUGCACGGUGACGGCGCUGCCAUCGAGUAA